AUGCUUCCAAACAGCAUCCAUCAGUACAAGGCAAUUGUCCAGCUACUUACACAUUUCAAAUGGAUAUGGGUGGGUCUAAUAACCAUAGAUGAAGAAAAUGGAGAAUCUUUUCUAAAGAACAUACUACCAAUAUUUUAUGACAAUGAGAUCUGCCCUGCCUUCAUGGAGAAAAUAUACAAAUUAAGCUUUUUUAAUGAUUUUUUAAAUGCCCUCACAAACUGGAAGAAAAUUCAUGUCAAUAUCAUGGAAAGCAAAGCCAAUGUUAUUGUUGUACAUGGAGAUAUUGGUACCAUGUUAAUUCUGAGGCUGUUGCUACAUGAAGAAGAAACUGAUAAUGAGAAAAUACUUGGUAAAAUGUGGAUUAUGACUGCUCAAUUGGAUAUUGUUGCAAUAUCCAUGCACAGAGACUGGGAUAUAGAACUGUUCCAUGGAACCUUAUCUUUCACAGCCCACUCAGAAGAGGUGCCAGGGUUCCAAUACUUUCUUCAGAAUCUGAAGCCUCAUUUGGCCAAGGAGAAUGGCUUUAUCCAAACAUUCUGGGAGCAAGCAUUUAGCUGUUCAUUUCCAAAUCCCAAAGAUAAUGGAGGUGUUCUGAUGCCAUGCACUGGAGAAGAAAGGCUAGAGAAUUUACCUGGACCAUUCUUUGAAAUGAAAAUGAUUGGUCAAAGUUACAGUAUCUAUAAUGCUGUGUAUGCUUUGGCUUAUGCUGUACAUAAACUGUAUAAGUCUAGACCCAAAUCAGGAUUAAUGGUAUCCAGAGAGAGGCUAGAACAUAGGAAACUGCAGCCAUGGCAGCUUCAUCCUAUUUUGAGGAAUCUCUCAUUUAACAACAGCGCUGGAGAAAGGGUGUUUUUGAAUGAUAAUGGGGAGUUUACAAUGGGGUUUGACAUUACAAAUGUGAUUACGUUCCCCAAUAAUUCGUUUGCCAGAGUGAAAGUUGGAAGGAUGAAUCCUUGGGCUCCUCCUGGCAAAGAUUUCAGUAUUAACGAGGAUGUUAUCAUGUGGCCCAGAAGCUUUAACCAGGUGGUGCCUCUUUCAUUGUGUAAUGAGUACUGCCAUCCAGGUUAUCAGAAGAAAAAGAAAGAAGGAGAGGCAUUUUGCUGCUAUGACUGUACCCCAUGUCCAAACGGGAAGAUUUCUUGGCAGACAGAUGUGGAGUCUUGUACCACAUGUCAAGAGGAUUACUACCCAAAUGUGGGGCAUAACCUGUGCCUUCCUAAGGUAGCAACAUUCCUGUCUUAUAUGGAACCUCUGGGCAUAGGUUUAGCCAUUUCUGCAGUUUUAUUUUCUUUGGUCACUGCUUUGGUUUUAGGAACAUUUAUCAAGCACCGAGAUACUCCCAUUGUAAAGGCCAAUAACCGGAAUCUGACCUACAUUCUCCUUGUUUCCCUCCUGCUCUGCUUCCUUUCUUCCUUACUAUUCAUUGGUCAGCCUGAGAAGGUGACAUGUCUCCUCCGACAAACAGCUUUUGGCAUCAUCUUCUCAGUGGCUGUCUCUAGCGUUCUGGCAAAGACCAUCGUAGUCCUCUUAGCCUUCAUGGCCACUAGGCCAGGAAGCAACAUGAGGAAAUGGGUGGGGAAAACCGUGUCCAGCUCCAUUGUGCUUCUGUGCUCCAGCGUUCAAGCAUGCAUUUGUAUUGUUUGGUUGAGUACUACUCCCCCUUUCCCAGACACUGACAUGAACACAAUAGCUACAGAAAUUAUCCUGGAAUGUAAUGAAGGUUCCCUGACUAUGUUUUAUUUUUCCUUGGGCUACAUGGGCUUUCUGGCUUUUGUGAGUUUCACUGUGGCUUUCCUUGCCAGAAAGCUUCCUGACACUUUCAACGAAGCCAAGUUCAUCACUUUUAGCAUGCUGGUAUUUUGCAGUGUUUGGUUAUCCUUUGUUCCAACAUACCUGAGCACCAAGGGGAAAUACAUGGUAGCUGUGGAGAUCUUUUCCAUUUUAGCCUCCAGUGCUGGGCUGCUGGGUUGUAUUUUCUUCCCCAAAUGCUACAUUAUUGUAUUAAAGCCAGAAUUGAACAAAAAAGAACAGUUAAUAAAGAGGAAAAAUUAA